CUGAGCACCAAGCUUUCAGCUGUGACGUGUCGAGAGUGGAGGAGGUGCAGGAAACCUUUGAGACGAUCCAGAGGACGUGUGGAAACAUCUCCUACCUGGUGAAUGCAGCCGGCGUCAACAGAGACGCCCUGUUACUGAGGACCAAGCCUGAGGACAUGGUGUCCCUGCUCCACACCAACCUGCUGGGCUGCAUGCUGACCUGCAGGGCAGCUCUGCGCAGCAUGCUGCACACACAGGGAGCUGCAGUCGUCAACAUAGGUUUCAUCCACACCGACAUGACGGCGGGGCUGAGGGAGGAGGACAGAGCACGCUCCAUCCCUCUUGCGAGGUUUGGCACUUCAGAGGAAGUGGCUCGAGCUGUGCUCUUUCUGCUGGAGUCCUCCUACGUUACAGGGCAGGUGCUGGUGGUGGACGGAGGGCUGCAGUUGGUCAUGUAGAGAAGGCAGUGUCCUCUGAAACUGCUUCACAUCAAAUCCAAUCAGCAUUCAGGCAGAGAAAAGGAGACUUCUGCUUUAAAACAACUGGAUCAUUUGCUUUAAUCRCUGGUGUUAAAUACAUCUAAAGAACAAAACAA